AUGGUCAAAUUCUACUCCACUUCAUAUAGCUACGACUACUCUUUUCCCGCCGUAUCGCUGGCCUACUUUCUACGCUACCCGAACCCAUACAGCACCCACGUGCUCUCGACCGAUGUCAUUUCGCGCGAAUAUGAUCCCGAUACCCAACGCCUGACGACAGUCCGCCUGCAUCUGAAGAAGAGCAAGCUUCCUGCUGCCAUCCUCAAGCUGCUGCCCCGAAGUAUCAUGGGUGGAGCUGAGAAUGGCGACAGUCAAGCUUACAUUCUCGAGACGACUACAGUUGACGCCAAAGAAGGUUGGAUGGAGGCUGAAAGUCGCAAUCUGGAAUGGACCGGUGUCUUGAGCGUUAUCGAGAAGCAGGUGUUCCGCCGACAUGGUUUCGAAUCACUGCAAAAACUUUCGGCCGCUGUCGACCUAUACAGCCAGCAAGCAUCUCAAAAGACAGAUGUCACAACCACUGUUACACUACAAUCACGAAUUGGCGAGAACAUCCGUCGCAGGAAAGCACAGAGACAGGCCGAAGCCGAAGCCGAAGCUGAAGCUGUCGAAGAGGAAGCUGCCCCGGCCAAGCUAGGUUUCUUCAAGUCGUGGGCUGCUAGUCCCAUGCAGCGAUCUAUUGAAGUUAUCGGUCUCCGCCGCGCCGAAAAAUCACAGCCCAAAGCAAAGGAGGGGAUGAAAGUGGUGCUCGAGCGAUUGCGACAAGGUGGACUUGUCGCGGUGCUCGAGGGUAUGCGUCAAGAUCGUGAGCUUAUGUUCGCUGGUGGGCAGGUUUGAGCUCUUCCUAACAGUUCGAUCAUUGGUGAGCCUGCGAUCAUCGAUGCUGAGCACAUGGGAGGGAAAGGUGGACAAAUUGUAUCAAAGUUUCUGGCAUUGCAACAGGUUUUAGCGCGGCGUUUCGGGCAUGAUUUCAGCGUACACAAGAUUGGUACCAAAUGGGAUAUGGAAAUGGACACCAACAAUAGGCAUGUCCGCCUGCCAAAAGGAGGAAGGACAUGGAAUCGAGCCAUCUGUAUUUUUAGUAUUCACGUUUUGAACGAGCC